AUGGGACAGAGGGCCUUGGGGCAGCCGGACAGAGAGGCAGAGAACCCCGAUUACCAGGCCAGACACAACCGGCACCAUCACCCCGAUUACCAGGCCAGACACUACCGGCACCAUCACCCCGAUUACCAGGCCAGACACAACCGGCACCAUCACCCCGAUUACCAGGCCAGACACAACCGGCACCAUCACCCCGAUUACCAGCCCAGACACAACCGGCACCAUCACCCCGAUUACCAGGCCAGACACUACCGGCACCAUCACCCCGAUUACCAGCCCAGACACAACCGGCACCAUCACCCCGAUUACCAGGCCAGACACAACCGGCACCAUCACUCCGAUUACCAGGCCAGACACAACCGGCACCAUCACCCCGAUUACCAGGCCAGACACAACCGGCACCAUCACCCCGAUUACCAGGCCAGACACAACCGGCACCAUCACCCCGAUUACCAGGCCAGACACAACCGGCACCAUCACCCCGAUUACCAGGCCAGACACAACCGGCACCAUCACCCCGAUUACCAGGCCAGACACAACCGGCACCAUCACCCCGAUUACCAGGCCAGACACAACCGGCACCAUCACUCCGAUUACCAGGCCAGACACAACCGGCACCAUCACCCCGAUUACCAGGCCAGACACAACCGGCACCAUCACCCCGAUUACCAGGCCAGACACAACCGGCACCAUCACUCCGAUUACCAGCCCAGACACAACCGGCACCAUCACCCCGAUUACCAGGCCAGACACAACCGGCACCAUCACCCCGAUUACCAGGCCAGACACAACCGGCACCAUCACCCCGAUUACCAGGCCAGACACAACCGGCACCAUCACCCCGAUUACCAGGCCAGACACAACCGGCACCAUCACUCCGAUUACCAGGCCAGACACAACCGGCACCAUCACCCCGAUUACCAGGCCAGACACAACCGGCACCAUCACCCCGAUUACCAGGCCAGACACAACCGGCACCAUCACUCCGAUUACCAGCCCAGACACAACCGGCACCAUCACCUCGAUUACCGGGACCUGGUGUUAGAGAGCUACAGGGUCUGCUGGGGUGUGCCCAAAAACAUGGCAGAGCCCAAAAACAUGACUGCAAUUUUUCACAAGCUCAUGGACCAUGACAUCACAGGAGUGGACCACCCAGCUCCGUAG